AUGACGCUGCCGCAACCGACCUCAACGUUCACAGUCCCGAGUCUCCACGAUGAUCUUGAGCUCGACUGUCGAAUCUACUAUCCUCGCUACCGACACGGCGAGAAUGACCAGCAGGGCAAACAGUUCUUCGGCUGGACCUUCGCUAUCGUAGCGCAUCCAUACGCUUCUCUUGGCGGCAGCUUCGACGAUGGCGUGGUUGCUUCGGUUGGAUCAAUGCUUCUACAGCAAGGGAUUGUGCUAGGCACGUUUAACUUUCGGGGUGCUGGCGACUCUCCCGGACGAGUGUCGUGGACUGGCCGUGCAGAGCUAGCGGACUAUGUCAGUCUCUACGGCUUCAUGCUCUGUCUGGCCAAUGCUGUGGUGUCAGCAACGUAUGCAGCCGACAGUGCCACGCCUACUUCAGCACCAGCACAGCAGCCACCUGCUAGGGCACCAACACUGAUACUCGGCGGCUACUCAUACGGCUCACUGAUCGCUUCCUGCCUCCCAAGCUACGAGAUCGUCAAUAGCAUCUUCGCGCAAGCAGGACCGGGUUCCACCGAAGCCGAGAUACGCAGUCGAGCGGACAAGGCAGGACGUGAUCUAUCAGCUUACUUCGCCAUGUCCAGAAGUGGCUCGAUCGGUAGAGGCCGCCCCAGUCUCAGAGUGUCAGACAUUGAUUCUUCGCCCAAGCGCAACGUUGCGAUGGGCGGUUAUGACUCAUCUGAAGUUGCAAGCAGAAGGAUCAGUCGUGAUUCUAGCAGAGUCAGCUUUGAUGGUGAGAAGGUCAGAAGGAGUCUGGAUAGAGUGGGGCAGAGGAUCAGAGCGCAGGUGUCUUCUAGUGAGCGUGACUCGCCGGCUGAGUUACAUACGCCCACUGUUGAGAGUCCGCGUGAACUUCAUUCUCCUGCGGGAGAGGAGCUGGUGAAGGUACAGACAGUCUACCUGCUGAUCUCUCCUCUUCUUGGAUCUGUGUCUUUGGCGACGACAAUGUUCUCGAGGCCGACAUUCGAGCUGAGAGAUCGGAAGACAGGGCGGGUGCGAAUCAAAGACACGCUGCGGCAGGAAGACAAGUUGGUUGAUCGCAAGACGUGUAUCGUCUUUGGUACCAAGGAUGUCUUCGUGGCGGAAAGGAAAGCACGGAAGUGGGCUGAGGGGUUGAGUGCCAGGAAUCGCCAGGUGUCUUGGUCUCAGAUUGAAGGUGCGGGACACUUCUGGAUCGAAAAGGGGGCAAUGGAUGGCCUUCUUCGGGUCGUGCAAGCCUGGCUGCCGAGCAUAGCUGAUGGUUCGUGA